AUGAGUAAACGGAUAGAUGGUGCAGUGGGGCGGUUAAUGGUUCUCCAUAGCUUGCAGGCAGUAGGUGCAUGUACUCGGCAACGUGUACGGGGGGGAGGGGGGUCGUUGCGCGUGCAGCGAUAUCGACUACAAUGGUGUUUACUCGGCGCGCACCAGCUGCCGUUGACUCACACCGCACUCUCUCAUAGUUUUUUCAGGAAUUUCACAACAAUCCUAACAUUAGAGUCAGCAAGCAUUGUAAACUUAUCGCUAAAACGCUAA